AUGUUGGAGUACGAAUGGGGAAACCCAUCGACAAUAAUGCUAUCAGGAGGAGAUGAACAAGCUGCGAGCAACCAUGAAGUACAAGACCAAAAUCGUCAAGUUAACAUUUUCGAUCACUACACCACUCAAUCUUUCAACGACAACAACCUCAUUCCUCAGCAAACCUCUCCAACCUUAAUGUUUCAGAACCACCCCACUACCAACAACGCUACACAUCAUAAUUUCAACUCCCUCUUCGAUCCUCGUGCUUACGCUGGAGCCGGCGCCUCCUCUUUUUCCACCACACCGCAUCCCUCCCUCCUUUCCCUUGACCCAAUCCCAACAGUCACAUCGAUCGCAACUGCAACCUCUUAUUUCCUUAUCCCAAAAAGCGAGGAAAUUUCUCGGCCUUCCGAUUUGAUCACUUCAAGAAUAGGACUAAAUUUGGGGGGAAGAACUUAUUUUUCUUCGGCUGAGGAUGAUUUUGUGAACCGGCUUUACCGCCGGUCUAGACCCCUUGAUCCCGGUUCUUCAUCAAAUGCUCCAAGAUGUCAAGCUGAAGGGUGCAAUGCUGAUCUUACGCAUGCUAAACACUACCAUAGACGCCAUAAAGUCUGUGAGUUCCACUCUAAAGCUUCUACUGUCAUCGCGGCCGGGUUGACUCAGCGAUUCUGCCAGCAGUGUAGCAGGUUUCAUCUUCUCUCAGAAUUUGAUAAUGGAAAGCGUAGUUGCAGAAAGAGAUUGGCUGAUCACAAUCGCCGGAGGCGAAAAUCGCACCAAAUAAAUCAAGAAAAUCAGAAAUCACAGCUAGAAAAUGCCACUAAUUCCUCAUCUGAAAUUCUUACAAGGUCUCCACCGGACUCUGGAGCUCAUUCUACUUCAUCGGUGACUGUGGCGGUCUCCCCUCCUCGAAUGUCUUUGGACUGUUUCAAGCAAAGAUCGUAUCAAGCCACUGCUUCUUCUACAUCAUCAAGCUCACUGUUUUUCCCAAGUGGGUAA